GACUUUCAGCUAAAACAAUUUACUUGUUAUCAUCAGUGUAGAGGUUGGAGCAUGCCUGAACCUGUUUCUGUUUCAGUCUUUACCUGAGGGGGAAGCAUAGAUGGUUCUUACUCUAAAUUCUCUUCAGUUUUUUGCCGGAUCUGAACUAGAAAGUGAUUAGGAGGGUUUCAAGAACCUCAGCAUGGAUUUAUCAACAGACUGCAGCUUCUUCACUGCCAAAAUGACAUCAUUUUCCACCUCUGCCCAGUGUUCAACAUCUAACAGUGCUUGUAGGAUCUCUUCAGAGCAAAUCAAUCAGGUACGACCAAAACUGCCACUUCUGAAGAUUUUGCAGGCAGCAGGUGCACAAGGUGAAAUGUUCACUGUUAAAGAGGUUAUGCACUAUCUAGGCCAGUAUAUAAUGGUGAAGCAGCUUUAUGAUCAGCAGGAGCAGCAUAUGGUAUAUUGUGGUGGAGAUCUUUUAGGAGAACUACUAGGACGUCAGAGCUUCUCUGUGAAAGAUCCAAGCCCUCUCUAUGAUAUGCUAAGAAAGAAUCUUGUCACUUUAGCCACUGCUUCUACAGAAAUGGAUCAUUUGUUCUGUAGAAUUUCCCACAUUCUAGAGUUUGUAGAUUGUAUCCUUGUGAUGUUGUUUAAUGUGUUUCUCUACCUCUUCUAUUUUGGGGAAACUAAUAGUGCUUAAAUAAAUUCAAGUUUAAAUUUUUUGCCAAGAAGGUUUCUUAGGUGGUGCUUUGUACAUCUGUUGCAUCACAUCAGAGUCAUGUAAGAUCUGCCCGUGCCUAUUUAAUGAUGUUAAGAUUCUGUGGGCUCAGGUGGUGUCACCUUGAUCCAUCUGUUAGAAAGGUCCCCCAAGAACCUUUCACCUAAUGGUUUUAGCUUUCUAUUAUUUGAAUGCCAAUUUGUCUAAGCCUUUGCUUGAUUCCAUACCUUUUAAAUACUGCCUUUUGAGUUUAUUAGAUCUGUACAGGAAACUGGCUGAUUUGCGGUGUGAAGUGUGGUGUGUUAGAGAUAAGUGAAUAAACUGGAUACAAGUGAAAUGUAACCCUAUCUCUCACUCGUUUCCAAAUAAUGAAACUUUGUUCUUUGUCCAUUCCUACAUGAAGCCCUUUUGUGAGCUUCAAAUUAGAUUUUUGGUAACACUGUCCCUUAAAGAAAACCCAAGUUUGUAAUAUCUUUAGAUUGGGUGACUUUCAUUAGUUUACUGAAACAAAUAGCUUGGAAAAAAUCCAUUCCUAAUAAAAAUUUAUGCUUUACAGUAACAGCAAAGACUUUGCUUUCAUACUGAAAUGUGAUUUUGUAUUUAGAUUGAAUUUUGAAGUCUGUUGGUUUCAUGGAGCCAUUUGCCCACUUCACUCAGUUGUACAUUUCUGUUUGAGAGAGAAGGCCUUGCAAAUGAUACAGUGCUUUAUUGAAAUUCAGUCACUUGUGAAAUAGUAUGGCUUUCCUGGGAUGGUCACUAAAGGCUUGAGAUAUACAGAGGAUUUUAUAUUUGCUGAUCUACACUUCCAGUAAAAUUUGUUUUCUGAUUGGUCUGUUUUCUGAAUAUCUAGAGUAGGUAUAAUUCUCAUUUUUUCUUGCUCUCAUUUUCAUCCUUGCACUUCCUCUGUAGAAUUUAACAUGUCAUAUAUUAAAAUGAACAUUUCCGUGACAAACAUUUCAGUUGAUCCUCACAACAACCUUGUGAGGAAGGUCUGGAGGUGAAGAAACUGAGGUUUUUUUAAUAGAAUGAGUGAUUUGUCCAAGAUUACAUGCCACUGAUAAGUGGCAGAGCAGAUAUUUCUGACCAGCCAGUCCUUGCUCUUUUCAUUGUGCCACACUUGCUAUCUCCUUGACCCUUGUUUGUAACAGAAUUUACAAAUUAAUUUUUUUUUUUAAUAAUUUUUAUUUAUUUAUUUAUUUUUCCCCAAAGCCCCAGUAGAUAGUUGUAUGUCAUAGCUGCACAUCCUUCUAGUUGCUGUAUGUGGGACGCGGCCUCAGCAAGGCCGGAGAAGCAGUGCGUCGGUGCGCGCCUGGGAUCUGAACCCGGGCCGCCAGCAGCGGAGUGUGCGCACUUAACCGCUAAGCCACGGGGCCGGCCCACAAAUUAAUUUUUUUAACAUAUUUUUUUUUCUGAACAUUAAAUCUUUAAAGCAUUUUGUUUGUUCUUUAACUUGUCACUUUGAGGUACUUUCACUUAGGAAAAAGUUGCACAAAUAUUAAAAAGAGUACCAUAUAUGGGGCUGGCCUGGUGGUGUAGUGGUUAAGUUCCUGUGCUCCACUUUGGCGACCUGGGGUUUGCAGGUUCAGAUCUGGGCGCAGACCUACACACCGCUGAUCAAGCCAUGCUGUGGUGGUGUCCCGCAUAAAAAAUAGAGGAAGAUUGGCACAGAUGUCAGCUCAGGGACAAUCUUCUUCAAGCCAAAAAGAGGAAGAUUGGCAACUGAUGUUAGCUCAGGGCCACUCUUCCUCACUAAAAAAAAAAAAAGAGUUGCAUAUACUCUUUACCCAGAUUCCCCAAAUAGUAACAUCUUAUAGAACCAUAGUACAAUGAUCAAAACCAGGAAAUUGCCCUAAAGUAAUUUUGAUUGAUGGUCUGCUCUGACUUGCACUGUGCUUGUGGUUGCCAUCUCUGUUGAUCUUCACAAAUUGGGUGGCAGGUGUUUUAUUUGAAUGGACAGAUGAGAAAAGUGUUUCCCAUAUCACCUAUUUAUACCUUUGCAAAUGAGUUAAACCUUUUAUUUUGAUGAUUGAAGAAAAUGCCAUUAGUUAAAGUGAAGGUGGUUCUUGAUAAAUCAUUUCUCCACAUUUCCACAUGUAUACUAAUAAAAUGAAAUAUAUAUGACAAACUUUGUAUUGAUUUUAAAAUUCCUUUGUACAUUGUAGUUUUCCCAGAUAAUUUCUUUUUGCUUCUAAUUGUUUUAACCUAAGUAAGGCAGUAAGGCUUUAGAACUAUAAAUGACAGUAAUCAAAUUGCUUUAUUAAAAAAAUGCUUCAUCUGCAGUGUAUGUUAAUCGAUCUUUCAAGACCGCUGUGGUCAAACAGUGCUUUCUCUUAAACUUCUCAGUACCUCCGUUUAUCUAUAAAAAUGCUUCUAGAAAUAACGCUCUUUACAAUUACAGUUUUGAAAAUGUUCCCUUUGUGCAAAACAACUGAUUGUCAGAUCAGUUGUAAGAUCUGUAUUCUUUCCCUGGCAGUCUUUCUUAGAUGAGGAUGACGUUUUCUGUGUCUUAUCUCUGGACUUGAUAGUAACUGAUGAACCCAAUCCACGAUAGACUUUUUUGGGAACAUCUCAGUUACUUAUAGCCUCAUAUAAUGACUGGUCCAGGUUAUUAAAUUCUCUGCAACUUGUUCUUUUCCCUUAGCUAGAUUUUCAUCUUCUGUUCUGCUUUAAAAAUUUCCAUGUCCUUGAAAUACAUUUCUCUCAGACUAUCUAAGAAUUUCUCUUAGGUUGUUGUUUUCUUUGCUUCUUUUUAUUGGCCGUUGAGAAAAACUUUAUUUGCUUCCUCUUCCUUCUUAGGAAAUGUUUAUAGUAACUGGGAAAAAUAAGACUUGUUGAUUAAAAAAACUAAUCUAUGUUCAGGUGAUGGGAAUUUAAACCGUGAAAUCAUCAUUGACACUUAGAAUGUAAGUUCACAUGAAGAUGCUAUUGUGUUAUGAAGCAAGUGGGGAAAAUUUCAGAUUUUCAGAUCUCAUAACCCUGUAUAACUUGAAAAUAAAAAUUAAAUUAAAAAGCCGAACAUUUUUUUGUGGUCGUUUACAAGUUAGGCAAAUUUGGUAAUAACCACCUAUUGGAAGAGAUGAUAAAAAUACUCUCCAUUAUUCCCUGCUUGGAAUCACUUUUUUUCCUUUGUGAGGAAGAUCAGCCCUGAGCUAACAUCCACGCCAAUCCUCCUCUUUUUGCUGAGGAAGACUGGCCCUGGGCUAACAUCUGUACCCAUCUUCCUCCACUUUAUAUGGGGCGCUGCCACAGCAUGGCCUAACAAGCGAUGCAUCGGUGCACGCCCGGGAUCCGAACCUGGACCGCCAGCAGCAGAACGCACAUACUUAACCGCUACGCCAUGGGGCCGGCCCCUGGAAUCACUGUUUAUAUUAAAAUUUGAAAACUUGCUAUGGAAGAACAUCUUUUUAGUCAUUUUUUGUUUCCCCUAGAUUAUAUUUUGGUAAAAAUAAUUUGAAUAUAGCCGGUCUUGGUCAUUGCCAUUUUUAUCAGUUUUGAUUAUAUCCUUUCCUUUUGGAUGAGAGCCUUAUCCAGCCAACAUGGAGAAGUACAUCUCUAGGGACCAAACCUGUCUCCAGAGUUGUUUGCUGAGGUCCUUUUUGUGUGGAAAGAAUGGUUAUUACCAGGGAAGGUUUUCCUUUUGUUUUACUUGCUAUCCAGAUGCCGCUCAGACUCUCGCUCUCGCACAGGAUCACAGUAUGGAUAUUCCAAGUCAAGACCAACUGAAG